AACCACAUCGAAGAAGAAGAUGAUCCCGUCAUACAGAUGUGUUUAUACCAUAUAGAAUAAUACAUUGAACGAUUCUGAUUGCUCGCACAGGAACUCAUAAUUUGCAUUUACAGCCAAACAAUUACAGAAAAGUAACUGUUCAGCAAUCACACGAAAGAUCCAUCUGUGAAAACCACCCUGAACUUGCUGGGUCUCCUCUUUUAGAUCCACCUCUAGCCGACCAUGUCUGAGCCGGGUCCUGGCUUUGGUGAUCCGGCCCAGAGAAGCUCACAACAGGGUCCAGAAGUGGUGUCAGUGAAGCUGGAGGACUGCAGUCAAACACUGGAACUCAAUGUGAUUGUGAAAGAGGAGGAGGAGAGAGAAAUCAAGGAGGAAGAAAACAGUGACUCCGGAAAGAGCUCCAACCCAGACUCAGACAGCAAGCCCAGUCCCACAGCAUCAGGAAAUCAUAAAGAAUGCAGACAGAAGCCCCAACCCUGCUGUAGCGACAGUUUUAAUUGUCCAACUCACCUCAAAUCACUCAAACAGACUCCCAAAAUAAAGAAGACUUACCUCUGCUCCCAAUGUGGGAAGACUUUCAGUCGGACAGGAGACCUAAAGAGUCAUGAGAGAUCACACAGUAAAAAAAAACCUUACCACUGUGCUCGAUGUGGGGAGGGAUUCACUCAGCUUGGAAGUCUAAAAGGUCAUCAGAGAAUACAUACAGGGGAGAAGCCUUACCACUGCUCCCAGUGUGGGAAGAGCUUUAAUCGUUCAGGAAACCUUACUGAACAUCAAAGAAUACAUACAGGGGAGAAGCCUCACCACUGCACCCAAUGUGGGAAGAGUUUCAGUCGGGCAGGAGUUCUAAAGAAUCAUAAGAGAACUCACACAGGAGAGAAACCUUUCCACUGCUCUGCUUGUGGGAAGAGUUUUACAAGAGAAGUAAGCCUAAAGAAUCAUCAAAGAGUACACACUGGAGAGAAACCUUUCCACUGCGCCACAUGUGGGAGGGGUUUCAGUGAGAAAGUAAAUCUUAAUAGACACGAGCGAGUACAUAGUGAAGAGAAGCCUUACCACUGCACCACAUGUGGGAAGAGCUUUAAUCACUCAGGAAGCCUUAAGGAACACCAGAGAAUACAUACAGGGGAGAAACCUUACCACUGCACUGAGUGUGGAAAGAAAUUCCGUUUUGCGGGAGAUCUAAAGAAUCACCAGAGAUCACACAGUAGGGAGAAGCCUUACCACUGCUCUCUUUGUGGGAAGAGUUUCAAUCAACCCGGAAACCUAAAGAGUCAUCAGCGAAUACACAUAGAAGAGAAGCCUGCCAGUACUGUCAAUGUGAUUGUCAAAGAGGAGGAGGGUGAAAAGGAAAUCGAUGAGACGGUAAAGAGAGAAGUUGAGGAAAAUAAUGGUGUAGUUGACUCAGGUACAUCAAGACUACCUGGUCGUGGGAGUUACCCCUGUCCUCAAUGUGGGAAGAAUUUUAGUUCCUCAAGUAAUCUAAAGAAUCAUCAAAGAGUACACACUGGAGAGAAACCUUUCCACUGUUCAGCAUGUGGGAAGCGUUUCCGCGAGAAAGCACACCUUAAGAGACAUGAGAGGGUACAUAAUGGAGAGAAGCCUUACAACUGCUUUGAAUGUGGGAAGAAUUUCCGUGUGGAAGAUACCCUACAGAAACACCAGAGAAUCCACACAGGAGAGAAGCCUCACCACUGCUCUCUUUGUGAGAAGAGCUUUAAUCAUUCAGGAAGCCUUAAAGAACAUCAAAGAAUACAUAGUGGAGAAAAGCCUUACCACUGCUCUCUUUGCGGGAAGAGCUUCCAUCAUUCAGGAACCUUUAAGAAACAUCAGCAAAAACACAUUGGAGUGAAACCUACCUGUAAUCUCAAUGUGAUUGUCAAAGAAGAGGAUGGUGACUGUACUCUCAAUGUGAUUGUCAAAGAAGAGGAUGGUGACUGUAAUCUCAAUGUGAUUGUCAAAGAAGAGGAUGGUGACUGUACUCUCAAUGUGAUUGUCAAAGAAGAGGAUGGUGACUGUAAUCUCAAUGUGAUUGUCAAAGAAGAGGAGGAUGACCCAGAUACAUCAAGACCACCUGAUUGUGGUCGUUACCCCUGUCCUCAAUGUGGAAAGAAUUUUAGUUCCUCGAGUAAUCUAAAGAAUCAUCAAAGAGUACACACUGGAGAGAAACCUUUCCACUGCUCUGCAUGUGGGAAGAGUUUCAGUGAGAAAGCAAACCUUAAGAGACACGAGAGAGUACAUGAGAAGGAAAAAAGAGAAGUUGAGGAAGAGGAGAAAACUGGUAGUGUAGUUGACCCAGGGACAUCAAGACCUGGCCGUGGGAGUUACCCCUGUCCUCAAUGUGGGAAGAGUUUCAGUUCCUUAGGUAAUCUAAAUAAUCAUCAAAAAGUACACACGGGAGAGAAGCCUUACCACUGCACCCAAUGUGGGAAGAGCUUCAGUGAGAAAGCAAACCUAAAGAGACAUGAGAUAGUACAUAGUGGAGAGAAGCCGUACCACUGCACCCAAUGUGGGAAGAAUUUCCGUGCGGCAGAUACCCUACAGAAACACCAGAGAAUCCACACAGGAGAGAAGCCUAACCACUGCUAUUUUUGUGGGACGAGCUUUGAUAAUUUAGGCAGCCUUAAGGAACAUAAAAAAAUACAUAAUGGAGAGAAGCCUUACCACUGCACUCAAUGUGGGAAGAGCUUCAAUUACUCAGGAAAUUUUAAGAAACAUCAAAGAAUACAUAUUGGAGAGAAUCCUACCUUUAUUCUUAAUGUGAUUGUCAAAGAAGAGGAGGAAGAUGGAAAAGAGAGAGAAGUUGAGGUCGAGGAGAGAGAAGUGAAGGAAGAGGCUACAUAAGCUAACUAGGAAAGGAAGAGUUAUACCUCAUAUCUUUGCAAUGCUGUCUUCUGUGUCAGUAUGGGAUUGGGCAGCACUAAUGAGAGCGAUCUCCUUUUUAAAAUAGUCUAAAUCUUCUACUUCUAUGAGUGUAUUGGAAGGUAGCAAAUCAACUGAAAAAGUACAUACCACCACCUAUUUUGGUGGAGUGUGUAUCAUCUGAACAGGAUACCACCUCCUAAUGUGCUGCAGUCUGAACAGGUACAAAGCCAAGGUUGGUGAUUUACUGCUACCUGCAGUUAUAUAAUGUUAGCUCAGGACUAUAAAUGCAUUGGUUAACUCCUUCUGCUGACCUGGAUGGAAUUAUAGCGUCCUUCCUUAACCCACAGGAAGUCCCAACAUUUUGACUACUUCAAAAUGGUGAAAGUCCUCAAUGGUGCUGCUCGUUAGACAAUACUGUGGAAAAGCCUCACCAUUGCUCUCCAUUAUAUAAAAUCUCUUAUUCACCAAAGCAUGUGAUAAAUAUAUCUGUAUAGAAUCUGCGUUCCAGGACACAGAUUCAUGCUCUGAGUUCAUUUGACCGUGGGUUGUCGACAAUGCCAUGAAUGACCAUGAAUGAUCUCAAAAUGAUCUGCUAUGGACUGACCAUUCAUGAUCUCAAAAUGAUCUGCUAUGGACUGACCAUUCAUGAUCUCAAAAUGAUCUGCUAUGGACUGACCAUUCAUGAUCUCAAAACGAUCUGCUAUGGACUGACCAUUCAUGAUCUCAAAAUGAUAAUUUUAACCAUGUUUUAGGCUAUACGGGGUUUGUUUACAUUUACAAUGUUUCCAAACAUUGGAGGAAAGCAAACUUAUAUUUUGUGGUUCUGAUGGAGUGUGACAGUUGAAAUAAUCUUAUGAGGGAUUAUAAAUGAAUAGUUUUCAAGAAUCAAUAGGGAUAUACAGUAUCAUUCAUUUAUGUAAGUCUAAAAAUGUAUGUUACAACUGCAGAUCCCCCCUUUAAUCACUACAGUGUCAUAACAUAUUUACAUAUACCAUUACAACAGUUCACAGUAACAGAGGUCAGAUAGGCCUACAGUUUAUGUUGUUGAACAGUGUCUCUGCCCUACUUUUUAAACUGAUGAGUGAGAUGUGUAAAGAAGGUACAUUUGGAUCAUGUUGUACAAGGUACAUUGAGAAGUUGAUCUAAAAUACAACCUUCCUGUUUACGAGUAGUACAGCGUCAAGAGAAUAAUGCCCUGUGGGCUAUCCUAUUGAAUACAGAAUAUGUCCAUAGAAUCAUCCCACUGGGCACAGACGUCAGUUCAACGUCUACUUUUAAUUCAUAUUUUGGUUGUGAAUUCAAUGUGAAAUCAACAAAACAUUUCACCGUGUCAUUGGAUUUAGGUCCGAAGUUUUUUUUAAAAUUAAAUUCCCAAAACAUUUAAAUACUUUUUUUCAAAUCCAAUCAGUUUUUCCACGUUGAUUCAACGUCAUCGCUUUGACGUUUUAGGUUGAAACGACGUUGAUUCAACGUCAUCGCUUUGACGUUUUAGGUUGAAACGACGUUGAUUCAACCAGUUUUUUUGCCCAGUAGGAUUAUGACAGAAUUCAGCCAUUCUUUUUUUAACCUCAGGAGAAGGGCUGGUCUGGAUUGACGUCAGAAGUAAACAAUAUGAGUGUAUUGUUGUGUCAUCAUCUGGAUGUAACCUGUGUGUGUAAAAAAAAUAUUGCCAAGUAUCCUCGAAUUGAAUUAUAAAUACCAACAGAA